CGAUGCGUUUUGCGAUUCGGCGGUUGUGAUUCGGACCCGGUUCCGGUUCGGUGUGUGUGUGUGGGGGGGGGGACAGGAAGUGUCUGGCUCCGUCAUGAAGGCUCUCCUGCUGCUCCUCUCCGUCCUCUCCUCCCGGACCCGCGGAUCCCACCUCGUAGCGGAACGCGGCUCUCCGGAUGAGCCGGACCGGGUUCCGGUUCGGGAGCUGCGUCUGGACCUGUCCGCCGCGCUGCACCGGCUGGACCCGCGCUUCCUGUCCGUCACCAUCGACGCCAGCCUGGCGGCGGAGGAGCGCUUCAUGCUGCUGCUCAGGUCUCAGAAGAUCAGGACUCUGGCCGGAGCUCUGAGUCCAGCCUUCGUGCGGUUUGGGGGGACCCGGCAGGACUUCAUGGUUUUUGACCCUGUAGGACGCCAGGAUGCGACUGCGGCGCCGCCUGCAGACGACUGCGGCGCCGCCCGGCUUCCCGCCUGGCUGGAAGGAAGCCUGAAGCAGAACUGGACCCAGCAGCUGCUGCUCCUGCAGAAGGAGGAGCAGCAGAGGGAGUACCGCCGGACCCGGUUCACAGAACUGACGGUGGACCAGCUGCAGUCCUUCAGCAGCUGCUGCGGCCUGGACCUGAUCUUCGGCCUGAACGCGCUGCUGCGCACGCCGCGCAACAGCUGGAACAGCAGCAACGCCGCCGCGCUGCUGCGCUACUGCGAGGCCCGCCGCUACCGCAUGUCCUGGGAGCUGGGGAACGAGCCAAACAGCUUUGAGAAGAAGGCGGGGAUCCGAGUGGACGGCGGCCAGCUGGGCCGGGACUUCACGCGGCUCAGAACCAUGCUGUCCCAGUCCAGCCUGUACCGGGACGCCGGACUCUUUGGCCCCGACGUGGGUCAGCCGCGGGACCACCGGGCCGACAUCCUGGGGGGCUUCCUGCAGAGCGGAGGGGGGGCCAUCGACGCCUGCACCUGGCACCACUACUACGUGAACGGCAGAGAAGCUUCUCUGGAGAACUUCCUGGACCCUGAGAUUCUGGACUCGCUGGCCGUGAAGACCAGUGAGGUUCUGGAGACGGUGAAAGAGGCGUCUCCGGGGACGCCGGUGUGGCUCGGAGAGACCAGCUCGGCGUUCGGAGGCGGAGCUCCAGGACUGUCGGACUCCUUCGUUGCAGGAUUCAUGUGGCUGGACAAACUGGGCGUGGCUGCCAGGAUGGGUCUGGGCGUGGUGAUGAGGCAGGUUCUGGUCGGUGCCGGGAGUUACCACCUGCUGGACGACGACCUCAAUCCACUUCCUGAUUUCUGGCUGUCAGUUCUUCACAAGAGGCUGGUUGGACCCGAGGUUCUGAAGGUUGAAACGGUCUCUGAAGACGGAGACCGGCGUGUGCGGUCGUACCUGCACUGCGCCAGCAGGAAGAGCUACAGAGACGGCGCUGUGGUUCUGAUGUCCAUGAACCUGGGCCAGAGACCCGUCAGGAUGCGGGUUCCGGUUCCGGUGUCCAACAGCACCGUGGAGACGUUUGUCCUUCAGUCCGACCGUCCAGGGGAGGACGGACUCCGGUCCAGGUCCGUGAAGCUGAACGGAGUUCUUCUGGAGAUGCUGGACGAUGAAACUCUUCCUCGGCUCAGCGGCGCUCCUCUGCCUCCAUCGGACCACCUGCAGCUUCCUGCCUACUCCCUGGCGUUCUUUGUCUUCACGGACGCCGGCGCGGCGGCCUGCCACUGACCCAUUCGGACCCGCAGAAGCUCUGGUUCCACAGGUGAGGCUGUGGACCGGCUGCUUAAUGGACCUUCUCCUCUCAGGUUGGACUCUGAUGUCCUGAAAACUUUGAAUAAAUCUUUGAUUCACA